GCCUUUGGACUUGUGUGGAGAAAGCGCUACAUGAGCGACAGUUCCCACGAGGGCCCUUUGACUCAGCCAUUGAUGGAUACGUUGGAACCCGAAACCCAAACUCUCGUGAGGCACACCAAUGAGUGUGAUGGCCUCUCAUUGUCCGCCCCCCUAGAGGUGGAAGGUGAACGCAGCUCAGGGGAGUCAUCGGAGGACAAGGUGAACGGAAAAGACAUUGCUCAGCUUGACGAUGCCUUUCUAGAGGACCCAGAGGCCCUGGACAGCAUUGCAUCAAGCAGCGAAGAUGAACCGGGCUCUCCUUGUUUUUGCUCAAUGCCGGUACAAAUUGUUGAAGAGGACUCCAAGGAUGACGGCUAUGAGGAGUUUAGGAGGCUUGGCAUGGAACUAACUGAGCCAAGGCCACGUCGUGAGCGUAAAAAAGUCAUGCGGACUAUUGUACGUGUUGCUGUUUAUGCUGUCCUUAAUCAGUGCCCUAGGGAAAAGCUUUUUGAAGAUUGUGAGGGCUGUGUCAUAGAUGCGCCAGCCCAAUGGCACCAUGACUGUGUGACUUGGACUUCAGUAGAUCUAAACUUCAAGCUCCGGCAUCUGUGUGCUGAGUUAUUACCUGUUUCCCCCAAUUACAAGGUUUCAUCCCGUGAGUUUAUCGACGAUGAAACCGUGUGUGUGUCUUGGAAGCACGCAAAAGACAGGUACUCUGUCUCUGGCAAUACCAACACCUUCAUAGCCUGUUUCACCACUGCUUAUGCCCACUUAGAACUAUACAACCUCCUAGAGAGAUUGCAAGAGUGGUGCCUGUACCACGACACUGACUUGGUGAUAUUUGUGAAAAGGGAGGUGACCCUCCUGCUGGACCCAGGCAGUGUGGAGGAGGAAACCGCCUGA